AUGUCGACUAACUGUGCUGGUUGUAAUGAAAUACUUCAUAAACGGGAACAUCUAACCUGUAAAUACUGCAAAAAAACAUACGAUUUAGAUUGCGCAAAUGUAACCCCACAACGCUUCUAUAACAUAAUGUCGGCAGAAACAAAGGCCGCAUGGAAAUGUCAAGCUUGCUAUUAUGAGCAACCUAAGAAAAAUAACACAAACACGCCAAUACGCCCUCGCGAAAAAUCUCCUGUAGUAAAUAUCUCCCAAAUUGAUAGAAACAACAUUACAUUAAGAAGAUCCCCAAAUAAUAUGCACAAUGACACUAGUGAUUCGGUGGAUAUUGAGCUAUUAGGUGAUACUGUUAUUACUCAGACCUCCCCAAACCCAAAUGCAACAUCUGAUGAAAUUUUACUGCAAACUCUAAGUGUAAUAAUACAACAAAAGUUAAAAGAAAAUAAUAGAUCACUAAUAAAUGAGCUGCAAAGUACAAUUCACUCAGAAAUUAAUAAAGCCAUUAUAUCAUUAAAAGAAGAUAUUCAGCAAAAAACAGAAAUUCUAAAUUGUCAAAAUAAACAAAGAAAAGAUGAGAUUUGCCAACUGAACUUAAAAAUAGAGUCAAUUACAAAAGAAAAUGAAAAACUAAGAGAAGACAUAAAACAACUAAGUAAAAAGAUUGAGAACAAAUUUAGAAUACCUGAAAUAAACUCAAAAAAAAAAAUAGUACUUUAUAAACUAAUGGAACAACACAAUGAAAAUGAUUUCAGCUUAUGCAACAGAAUUGUAAACAUAUUCAGAGACAUUAUGAAUGUAGAUCUCACCGGUUAUAUUGAAGACACAUACAGACUAGGUAAACAUAGGAAUAAUACUAGACCCCUCGUUAUUGAAUUGAUAAGUAAAAAGAUGACAAAAUACCUAAUCGAUCAUAAACAUUUAUUCAAAAAAUCUGGAUUAGCCAUAUCUAAGUACUAUGAUGAUAUUACACAAAAACACAACAAAUUACUAAGAGAAGAAAUGUUUAAAGCGAGACAAAAGGGAUUAUAUGCUGUGAUAAAAGAUGAUAACCUAUACGUAGAAGGAAAAAAGGUACUAUGGAAUACAAAUACAACAAAUAACAAAGAUAUAGAUAACGAAGAUACACAUGACAAAAGUAUCAAUAAAUCCUUUUUUCGAAACCAAGGACUUACAAGACAAAAUACUCAUCCAGAACAUUCAGAGCAUCUACAAUAA